UACGGCUUUAACUCGUUGAGAGAGCACUCGCCUAACGACACCUCCAAUUCACAUCCGGAUCUAUUGAACCGAUCGAAUUCAUUAGGUUAUGGCUAUGACUCGGCUUUCAAAGCGAAUAAUAGGCCAAACAAGAGGAGCAGAUCUAGUCAUUACUCCGACUCGACAUCCAAUUCACACAUUUCCGUCAAUAACUCUAAUCUGUUUGAAGACAACUCGUCCGAAGCCAUGACGAGCGACAACAACAACGGUGGCGGCGGUGGAGGAGCGCCCGACUGGACGUUCGACCCAAACGAGCCCCGGUAUUGCAUCUGCAAUCAGGUCUCGUAUGGGGAUAUGGUUGCCUGUGAUAACGAAGACUGCCAAAAAGAGUGGUUCCAUUACGGAUGCGUUGACAUAACCCAACCCCCGAAAGGCAAGUGGUAUUGUCCGGACUGCUCGGAAAGACUCAAUAGAAAGAAAAGUAGGAAAGAGAGGGCGUGAAUGAGUUUAGGGUUUAAACAUAAUUGUAAUUAUAAUUUAUAGCAAUAUUUGUUAAAUUUUUCCAAUUUGUGAUCAACUAUUUGAUUAGUUUAUUGUUAUUAAAAAUAAGUUAUUAUA